AACGUGCAGGCAAAGUGCCUCAAAAUGCUAUAAUGCCGCCCAUAGAUGGUUUUGUUGAACUGUCGCUAGUCUCAAGCGUGGACUGUGAGGCACUGCCCAUAGUUUUAUGUUUUACCGAACAAAAAGCUCUACUUUUUAUAUUACGAAAAAAAUAAAAGAAAAAACCGUCGUCUUUUGCUGUUUUAAAGAGCUAAUAAUAUUCUUUGAUCAAACUCAAAACUCACUUCAUCUUCUUCAUUUGGAUUAAGCGAUGGAUACUGAUUCUGUGUUUAGCAAUAUCGUUCGAGCUCCUGAAGAUCCUAUUUUAGGGGUUACUGUUGCUUAUAACAAAGAUACAAGCCCUAACAAGUUGAAUUUGGGUGUUGGUGCUUAUCGAACUGAGGAAGGGAAGCCUCUCGUUUUGAAUGUGGUGAGGAAAGCGGAGCAGAUACUAGUAAAUGACCAGUCUCGGGUCAAAGAGUAUCUUCCUAUUGUUGGACUUGCUGAUUUUAAUAAACUGAGUGCCAAGCUUAUCUUAGGAGCUGAUAGCCCCGCUAUACAAGAGAACAGAAUAACUACUGUGCAAGGCUUGUCUGGUACCGGUUCUUUGAGAGUUGGAGGGGAGUUUCUUGCAAGGCAUUACCAUCAACUGACAAUAUACAUUCCACAGCCAACAUGGGGAAAUCAUACCAAAGUCUUCACUCUUGCAGGGUUGUCUGUAAAGACGUACCGGUACUAUGAUCCAGCAACACGUGGGCUGGAUUUCCAAGGCUUGCUAGAGGAUCUGGGAUCUGCACCAACAGGAUCUGUAGUGCUUCUCCAUGCAUGUGCACAUAACCCAACUGGCGUUGACCCAACCCUUGAGCAGUGGGAGCAGAUCAGACAGCUGAUCAGAUCAAAAGCAUUUUUGCCUUUCUUUGACAGUGCUUAUCAGGGUUUUGCGAGUGGCAGCCUAGAUGCAGAUGCACAGCCUGUUCGGUUGUUUGUUGGAGAUGGUGGUGAAUGUCUUGUAGCACAGAGUUAUGCAAAAAAUAUGGGACUCUAUGGGGAACGUGUUGGGGCUCUCAGCAUUGUCUGCAAAACAGCAGAUGUGGCGAGUAGGGUUGAAAGCCAGUUGAAACUUGUGAUUCGUCCUAUGUAUUCUAAUCCGCCUAUUCAUGGUGCAUCUAUUGUGGCUACUAUUCUCAAGAACAGUGAUCUGUAUAAUGAAUGGACCAUUGAGCUGAAAGCAAUGGCUGACCGAAUUAUUAGCAUGCGCCACCAACUAUUUGAUGCUUUAACUGCUCGAGGAACUCCAGGUGACUGGAGUCACAUUAUGAAGCAGAUUGGAAUGUUUACUUUCACUGGGUUGAACUCUGAACAAGUUGCAUUCAUGACCAAGGAAUAUCACAUUUACAUGACAUCUGAUGGAAGGAUUAGCAUGGCUGGUCUUAGUUCUAAGACAGUCCCCCAUCUUGCAGAUGCUAUACACGCUGCUGUCACGCGCUUUGCUUAAGAUCAAUAAUCCCUGGCCAUGGGCAUUACUUUUGCAUUUUUGACUGACUUUUGCAUCUUCAAGUGACUGUAAUUUAACGUACUCCGUCCAAAAUGUCUUUUUCGGAUUUUGAUGGUUUUGUUCAUUUUAUUAUAAUGCUGCAUCCUCGGCUUUGACUGAGGAACAUACUCGAGUAAAUGGAGCGAUUUAUGCCCUAUUUACAUCUUAUCGUUAGCUAUUAAUUCAAAUACCAUCUAAUUGGAUACAAGAAAGUUUGACC